GCAGCUCCGGCUCCGCUCGGGCCCUUUCCCAGGCUGCCGCUGGGCUGUGAGGCAGGAGCGGGGCUGGAGCCGGGCGGCGGCGGCGGAUGGGGCCGGCAGAGAGGCCCUGGGAAGGCAGACAGAGCACCGUGCACUGUUCUGGGCUGGAAGCCCACUGUGCUUUUGGCCCCGGGACUCCAAGAAACGUGCUUCUUUCUUGGUGAAGCAGACCCUGCUCUCCUGUUUCUUUGCUGCAUGCCCGCUCGCGAGUGCUGGAUUAUGUUUGUCUCCUUCUCCCUUUGCUCCAUCAUUUGGUUGAAUCGUGGUUUCAAGCUAAGGAAAAGGGGCUGCACUUAAGCACACACCCGGACCACGCUCCUGGGGUGCUGGUUCAUGCGAAGACAUUCAGAGUGCUGAUGGGGGAAAGCUGCCUUUGAAGUCCCUCCUGUGCCACCCUAAACGUGCUGCCUCACCAUCCAGAGCCCUCCUCCCCACAGCAGAAUGGGCAGCACCGACGGCUUCCAGUACCGUGCGCUCUACCCCUACCGCAAGGAGCGCGAGGAGGACAUUGACCUGCAGCCUGGGGACAUCCUGGUGGUGAGCAAGGGGGCCCUGCAAGCCUUGGGCUUCAAGGACGGGGAUGAGCAGACUCCCAACCAGAUCGGAUGGAUCCUGGGGGUCAACGAGCGGACCAAGCAGAAGGGAGACUUCCCAGGCACAUAUGUGGAGUACGUGGGGCCGGUGAAGAUCGCGGUGCCCUCGCACCGGCCCCGGGUGCAGAGACCUCUCCCUGCCACACCGGGUGCCGGUGGCUGCCGCCUCCCAGAAGCUCUGGAGCAAGGGUCUCCUCUCCUGGAGUUGCAGGACCAGUUCAGCCCUCCCGAGCCGGCCCCCCCGCUGCUGGUGAAGCUGGUGGAGGCUAUUGAGAAGAAAGGGGUAGACAGCGAGAUGCUGUACAGGACAUCUGGCUCCGAACUGCGGCAGGCGCUGAGAACCGAUUGGAGCCUGGCAGAGCUGGAGCCCUUUGAUGUGCACUCCCUGUGCGAGGCACUGCGGGGGUACCUGCAGGACCUGCCCUCCCCCGUGGUGCCAGUGGCUGUGCAUGGAGACAUCCUGCGGAUCCUGCAGGAGACACCCCAACCCGAGAGCUGCCGGAAGCAGCUGCUGCUGGCGCUGGAGCCGCCUGUGGUCCCACUGCAGAACACGCUCACCCUGCAGUUCCUGCUCCGGCAUCUGGGGAAGGUAUCACAGCAGGCAGAGAGCAACGGCCUCCACCCGCGGGCCCUGGCAGAGAUCUUCGGCCCCCUUCUCCUCCGGCUGCCUGGUGCCAGCCCAGAGCUGAGCCCUGACUUCUCCAUCCUGUUUCUGGAGAUGCUUCUGCAGACGAAGGAGUCGGAGCCGGAGCAGUUGCCUCCAGCCUUGCCUCCAAAACCCCCCAAGCCAAAGCCCAGCGCAGCCAGUUUGGCCAAUGGGAACAGUGUGUCCUUGCAGGAUGCUGAGUGGUACUGGGGUGACAUCUCACGGGAGGAGGUGAACGAGAAGCUACGGGACACACCGGAUGGUACCUUCUUGGUGCGGGAUGCCUCCAGCAAGAUCCAGGGGGAAUACACCCUCACGCUCAGGAAGGGAGGCAACAACAAGCUGAUCAAGAUCUUCCAUCGGGAAGGGAAGUAUGGCUUCUCGGAGCCCCUGACCUUCAGCUCGGUGGUGGAGCUCAUCACCCAUUACCGGCACGAGUCACUCGCCCAGUACAACGCCAAGCUGGACACCAGGCUGCUCUACCCCAUCUCCAAGUACCAGCAGGACCAAGUGGUGAAGGAGGACAGCGUGGAAGCCGUCGGGGAGCAGCUCAAGGUCUAUCACCAGCAGUACCAGGACAAGAGCUGGGAGUACGACCUGCUGUAUGAGGAGUACACACGCACGUCCCAGGAGCUGCAGAUGAAGAGGACUGCAAUUGAGGCCUUCAACGAGACCAUCAAGAUCUUUGAGGAGCAGUGUCAGACGCAGGAGAAAUGCAGCAAGGAGUACAUCGAGCGCUUCCGGAGGGAGGGCAACGAGAAGGAGGUGCAACGGAUCCUCAUGAACUCGGAGAAGCUCAAGUCCCGCAUCACUGAAAUCCAUGACAGCAAGAUGAAGCUGGAGCAGGACCUGAAGAAACAAGCCUCGGAGAACAGGGAGAUCGACAAGCGCAUGAACAGCCUCAAGCCAGACCUCAUGCAGCUGCGCAAACUGCGGGACCAGUAUUUGGUGUGGCUGACACAGAAGGGUGCUCGGCAGAAGAAGAUCAACGAGUGGUUGGGUAUCAAGAACGAGACAGAGGACCAGUACUCCAUGAUGGAUGAUGAGGAGGAGCUGCCCCACCACGAGGAGCGAACGUGGUACGUGGGGAAGAUCAACCGCUUGCAGGCAGAAGAGAUGCUCUGUGGCAAGCGGGACGGCACCUUCCUGAUCCGCGAGAGCAGCCAGAAGGGAUGCUAUGCCUGCUCCGUGGUGGUGGACGGUGACACCAAGCACUGUGUGAUCUACAAAACAGCCACAGGCUACGGGUUCGCUGAACCCUACAACCUCUACGCCUCCCUCAAGGACCUGGUCUUGCACUACAAGCACACGUCCCUGGUGCAGCACAAUGACUCCCUGAAUGUCACGCUGGCUCACCCUGUCCUUUCCCAGCCACCAGCCAGAUGAGCAGCCCGUGCACAACCUAACAGCUGCCUUCAGCUUCUCCCCAGGGCGCUGCUUUCUGGCUCUGGACUCUUUGCACCCUGUAUAGUUGAGUCUCUGUGCUCCUGCCCCUCCAGAGCCUCUGAGAUGUCUGUGACCGUUCCUGAUGUCCCCUUUGGUCAGUAGCUGAAACCAGUGUUGGCUGGUGGGACAAAACGGCUGGGCUGUUGAUUCCCAGUGGACUCCAGCCUUUAGGAAGCAGGAUCCAGUCGUGAUUGAACUGCUGGGGUGAGCACAGUCCUCUCUCCUUUCCCAAUAAGCAGGUCAGAUCCCCUCUUGCUGGCAGGUCACCCCACUAUGCAUCACCGUAGAGGUAGAUUCCCAGUUCCAAGGGGCUCCCUGCUGGGAUGCUGGAGGAUGCAUCCUCCACUCUCCCUUCCCUUGGUGACUUGCAGGCUGUGGCACUGUCUGGUACGAGAGGUGCUGCUCUUCCAUGCAGAGACUCAUUUAGAAAGGAGAAACCCUGUCUCCUGGGGGGCCCCACUUUUCCCCUCCACACCAUGCCCCACCUGCCCGUCUUGUUCCCUAAUCCCAUAAUCACCUCUGCAGUGUUGCUGUCCGGGAAGGGAGGAUCCGGUUAGUGAGGAAUCUCUCACCUCAGUUGUGCCAGUGAAGCUGUGAACUCCUUGUGGGUGCCGUGUGUUUGCCUCUGGAUGCACAGCUCCUGUUUCUGGCUGGCUUGGGUCAACCUUCCCCUCUGUAAAUAUGGUUCCUUUUGUAAUCAGCUGCUUUCCUAGUGCUGGUGCCGACGCACACUACGAGCCCUGUACGAAAUGAAGGAGCUCUCUGCUGCAGGAGGAUGGGGUCUGCUGGGCCGAGGGCCUUGGCACGUAGAAACGUAUAUGCAUGAUGUGGAACUCUGUAUGCAAAGCACUUAGAAUCAUGAGUACUGUAUGGGGUGAAGGAGCCGGGUGUUGCUGUCGUGCUGCCCCUCGAAGCUGGUUGGUGCAGGCAGGGAUUUGUUGUGGCUGAGCUCAAAGGGCUCAAGGGCCACGGAGGUGGCUCUGCAGGACCUGGGCUGAGAGUUGAGGCCAUGGUGGCAUUGGCUUCACUGGCUCAGCCUGUCUGCCUGCCUUGAAAGCAUUAAUGUCCUCUUGAUUUGCCAGAGAGGCUCUUUCCCUUCCGGAGCUGCAUCCUCGGGAUGGAUGCUGUGGGCUUCACUGCUUCUGUUGCUGUUGGACCUGUGAGGUGCUGCGUGCUCGUGCUCUGCAUCCCACCCUUGAUGUGCCAUCUGCGUCGGGUACCACAAUGUCCCUCCUCCCCCAGCUCUGCCUUGCUUUAUGUUGGGCCCUGAUCCUUUUGGAUCUGGGGUUGCUGGAGCAAACAUUCCAUCCCUGUUGCUUGUGGCAGCUUCUGUGCUCGGCUCUACAGCCCCAUCCCCUAUAUGCCCUCCGGAGGCCCUGGGCUGUGGUUUUGGGGCUGGUUCCUCACUGUUUGGUGCUCUGAGGCCACGGUGCAGCAGUGCCAGCCCUGACCCAUCGCAGUGCCAUGGGGCAGGCGCCAGCUCCGGGGAGCUGUGGGGUGCAGAGGCCACAUGUGGCUUCAGGCAUCACUCGGGAAAAGCUGCCAGGGAUAAUGAAGGGAAUAGUUUGUGCUUGGGCACAUGGGAGAUGAGAACACGUGUGAAUGGGGCAGGGAGGCCUUGGUGCUCGUGGCCCUUUCAGCUUCCUGCCAGGCUCCCACCCCAUUCCCAGCAGGGUAUUCCCUUCUCUCAACACUCUUUGCUCCUCCUGCCUCAAUUCCUGCUCUUCUCCCCAUGCAGUCCCCUUCUCACCGGAGCCUUUUCCUCCCCUGAGCUUGGGCAGCUCCCUGUGAUCAUGGGGGGGUCACAGCACCCCUGCAGCACCCAUCACCCCCCAGGGCUCCGCUCGCUGUGUACAAGGAGGAGGACAAAGCCCUUCCCUAGGGCUGCCUUUCCCUAAUGGUGCUUGACUUGGAUCCCUGCAGCUCAGCCCUUCCCCAAGCCCUGAGCUCCCCCAUAAUGAAGCUGGUUGUGAUUUGUGCUGCGCUGCUUUGCUGGUGCCGUUGGUGCUGCUGAUACCACUGCUCGCGUUGUGUUCCCAAACCCUGGGCUGUGCUUUGCUGCUUGUGAGCCCCCCAAACCCUCCCUGUUGUCCCCCCAAACCCAUGGGGUUGUCCAUGGGUGCAACGUGGCCAUUCCUGCUCCCCGGGGCACAGCUCCGGUCUUGUCCCUCUGUAUCCCAGCUUGGGAUGCUCCACACUCCCCCAUCACCCCACUGAGGGCUCAGGGGUUGUGCUCGGGGAGGAUGUGGUGGCUGCAUGAGCACAGCUGAGGUUUUAGUUGUAGGUAUAUGCAAUAAUCCCUCGCCACUGUUACCAGCAGUAGCUCUCUAUGCUCUUUCUGUCGAUGUUUACUAAUGUCAGCCCCAUUAUUUGUUACUGUAAGAGGAUUUUUGUACGGUACUUCCAAAAAAAACCCCACAAAACACCCAAGAAAAUAAAAUAAUU